AAGCCCCUGCACUACGGGAGCCUCCUGGGCAGCAGAGCUUGUGCCCAGAUGGCAGCAGCUGCCUGGGGCAGUGGCUUUCUCAAUGCUGUCCUGCACACGGCCAACACAUUUUCCCUGCCCCUCUGCCAUGGCAAUGCUGUGGAGCAGUUCUUCUGUGAAAUCCCCCAGAUCCUCAAGCUCUCCUGCUCACAUGCCUACCUCAGGGAAGUUGGGGCACUUGUGUUUAGUGUUUCUUUAGGCUUUGGUUGUUUUAUUUAUAUUGUGGUGUCCUAUGUGCAGGUCUUCUGGGCCGUGCUGAGGAUGCCCUCUGAGCAGGGCCAGCACAAAGCCUUUUCCACGUGCCUCCCUCACCUGGCUGUGGUCUUCCUAAUGGUUGUCACUGCAACAGUUGCCUACCUAAAGCCCCCUUCCAUUGCUUCCCCAACCCUGGACCUGGUGGUGUCAUUUCUGUACUCAGUUCUGCCUCCAGCAGUGAACCCCCUCAUUUACAGCAUGAGAAACAAGGAGCUCAAGGGUGCACAAACUCAGGCUGAAAAACUCAAGUAUAGCAUGCUUCAAAUGGCUGAGGCAGAACCAAUCAGCUUGCCCCACUUUGGAAAUGGCUCCCGGCCAAGUAAGGAUUUGAACGCAACAAAUAUGGAAUGA